GCGGCUUUUAUGAUACUCCGAUGGCAUUUGCGUCCUUUACUGGCGGAGAAGUAUAUUCUCUUGUUUCAGUCUUAUAUGAGUUGCAGAAACUUAAAUUGAAUAAUGAUCCCCAUGCACCCGGUCCUUUGCCAAUAAACGCGGAUCUAUCGUUUGCGAUUAGAGAAGCGUAUAGCAUAAUAAAUCCAGAUGAG